CCUUGGCCAAAUGCACAAUGAAGCUGGGAGAAGAGAACAGAGGAUGGAUCACUUGAUGAUAGCCUGUUCUGUUCAUUCCCUCUGAAGAACCAGCAUUGGCCAGUAUGGCGUGUGCUUGACAGGAGACUCUGGCCCUUCAUCUUCAAUCCUACCUCUUGGAAUUGUCUCAAGCCAUUCCACAAAGGAUGAUUCACAGUCCAUGAGGAUAUUCUGUUGCAUAACUUAAGAGAAGAGACCAUACACUUUGAAGUUCUUCAUUUAGUUUUGAAUUAAGUCCAACACUCCACCAUGUUCAAUAUAGUGCUCCCUAUGAAUGAAAUUCAUCCCUAUGCACAAGGCCCUAUGAACCACUUUUUGCAAGAAGGGAGGAAUCAUAGCAACAUAGAGUGAGUCCGCCGAAGCAACCACAUACGUGCCUAAGUAUUCUGGGCCAGAGCCACAGCGCGUAUAAAUCACCAUUGAUAUCAAUGAGAUCAUAACGUACACCAGCUGAGAAACUAGCCCUUUAUUUUUGUAAACAUUGAAGAGAUUUGACAUGAGGUUUUGAGCUGCUCUGUGGUUUCUUGCCUCCCUAUCCUGCUUUGUGGACAUAAAAGCACAGUUGGAGCUAGGAAGCCAGCAGCUGGAGCACUGAGAGUGAGGAAAAGGGGACAGACUUGGCUGCUUUCUCAGCAGUCCCUAAACAGCUCCUAACACCCAGGGAAGGAAAUGCAAGGACAUUUUUCCUGCCUCCCUGCAGUCUUAUUGACCCCACCAAAUGUCUGGAUGCCUCCGCCCCAGAGCAAUGUACAAACCAGGAGACGUUAGGAGUUCCUCCACCUAACUCAUCUGCAGGACCCAAUCCAGGAGGUGUAGUCAGAUGUCACCUAUGGGACUGGGCUCUUACAGGCAAGCUUCCUGUGAGUCAGGCUGGGAGGAAUGAAGGCUUGGGGGUCUUACAGUGACAUGUGAUCAUGUCACACGAACUGGAAUCCAUCUUCAACCUGGUGCUUUUCGAUUGAGAAGAGGGAUGGGAAUCCUUUGUCCCACUGGGUUCCUGCCUUAUGCAGAGAUAUAUAAAUGGGUGGAACAGGAAAGAGGGAGAGCUAUUAUGAAGAAUCUCCUAGCUACCACCUGAGCUGGAACAAGAGAUGUACCAGGGGAAAGAAUUGUACCCAGGCCUGGAAGGUGUCUAAUCUGAGGAAAAAACUUACUGAAGAAUCUCUGAGGUUUGCGUAGUUUUUUCACUUAAAGAUGAGAAACCUAUUUACGCAAAAAAAUUUCACCAAGGAAGACACGGAAAAUCAGCCCCUUGCCCUUCUGUGGAAGGUCAUGACAAUGAGAAAGUCAACCAUGGCUGGAAAGAAAGAUUGGUUGCUGUCUCAAAGGAAAGGAUGCUAAAGACGAUACAGCUAAAUUAAGAACCUAUUAGAAAGUGAAUCAUGCAGCUUUCUGAAAGGAGCUGAAAUGCAGCUCUCUGACAGGGUCAUGAACCUGAGACAAGUCUUUGUGACUGUAUUGAUGUUUGGAAUAGCAGGUCUACUCCUCUUCAUGUACCUGCAGGCCUGGAUUGAAGAACAUCGUACAGUGUCUGGAGAAAAAUUACAACAACAGAUAAUUAAUCAGGAUUCCAAGCUCUCGCACCCAGAGGAGCUUGCCACAGCACCAAAAAAUCAGAGUGCUGCUGCUAACCUCAACAAGCGACAGACAACUGUAAUCAUGGGCAGACAUUCACAGGAGAAAGCCAGUCCUUUUGGUGAGAUAGCCAGCUCCUUGGUGAACCAAUUAUCUGAACAGCAAAAGAUGACUAAAGCCUUUCUAAAACAGCUUAGACAAGUGAAUUUACCACCAGUGAUGCGCCCUUUAAAUAAAAGUUUAAUCAAAGGUGACAGAUGGAAAAACAUAGAUGAAGCUCAAGAGAAACGCAGACAUUUUCUUUAUGACUUCUGUAAAAAAUACAGCAGUGACAACCAGCUCAGAACUCAUCUAGUGCGUAUGGUAUCCAGAAUAUACGUGGAGGAUAGACACAAAAUCUUAUACUGUGAAGUGCCUAAAGCAGGCUGUUCCAACUGGAAAAGGAUUCUGAUGGUGCUCAAUGGACUUGCCUCUUCGGCAUACAGUAUUAGCCAUGAUGCCGUGCACUACGGAAAGCAUCUAAAGAAAUUGGACAGUUAUGACUUAAAAGGGAUACAGACACGUUUAAAUACCUAUACCAAGACCAUAUUUGUACGUGACCCCAUGGAAAGAUUGGUGUCUGCCUUCAGGGAUAAAUUUGAACAUCCAAACAGCUACUACCACCCAGUGUUUGGAAAGGCAAUUAUUAAGAAAUACAGACUUAAUGCAAGUGAAGAGGCACUGAAAACUGGAUCAGGUGUGAAGUUCAAAGAAUUUGUCCGGUAUUUGUUAGAUUCCCAGCGCCCAGUAGGAAUGGACAUACACUGGGAGCAGAUUAGUAAACUCUGCUAUCCCUGCCUCAUCAACUAUGAUUUCAUAGGAAAAUUCGAAACUCUAGAGGAAGAUGCCAAUUACUUUUUGCAAUUGAUAGGUGCUCCAGCAGAGCUGAAGUUUCCUAAUUUCAAAGACAGACAUUCCUCCGAUGAAAGAACAAAUAUGGAAGUAGUGAGACAAUACUUAAAGUUGCUGUCAGAUACAGAGAGACAGUUGACCUAUGAUUUUUAUUACUUAGAUUAUUUAAUGUUUAAUUAUACAAUGCCAAUUGUGUAGCUCUGAAUGAUUUUAAAAUUCUAUCAGACAUUUAACAAUUUUGGCCUCAAACCAGCAACUGUAAUAUUACCAUACAGCUCUGAGUGGAAGAAAUGUAACUGCUAAGUGUAAUUGUCUUGAUUUAGUUGAGAUUUUAUAAAUGAAAGUGACACCAAUUGACACAAAAUUAUAGGAGCAAUGCACAAAAGAGACCUAUAAACUAUCUAAUUUGCACUAAAAGGUCUGAGAAAAAGCUGCUUUUGAGUACGGAUUAUAUUGUGGAAGCAGUAAUCCAGCCAGCUGUUUCAUUAGCUCGCUAAUGUUCUUGUAAUGGUUGAAAAACUUUCAAAAUAGCAUGGAUUUGUGUGUGUGGGUGUCUGUCUGUCUGUCUAAAUAGGAAUAAUGUGUUGAGUGUUUUGAAUGUAUAUUUUUUGCUGUGUGUGGCAUAUUA